CCCAGUAGCAGCCCUCACUCAUCGUCACUCCGCUCAUUCAGUUCCAACUGUACUGUUCCUUCAGUCCUCUAAAGAACUGUCUGAAUUUGAUUUUUAGGGUUUUCUGAAAAAUGCAGAGGUACUGUUCGUCUGCAGGUCGAUCCGUGAUACGUAAACGCUGGUUUUCUUCGUCCAACAAUGCUAAAAUUGUUGCUUCAGUGCUCUUUGAGAGAUUACCUGUUGUUGUUCCCAAAAUCGAUCCUACUGUAUAUGCCUUUCAAGAAUUCUCGUUUCGUUGGAGGCAGCAGUAUCGGCGAGAGUAUCCAGAAAGUUUUCUAAAGAAGUCUGAUACCAGGUCAUUACAGCGAGCACUAGACAGAAGACUCUAUCUUCUAGUUCAUGGUACCACACAUGGUUCUGAUAGUGGAAAGCCUGUCUGGCAUUUCCCUGAAAAAGUUUAUGAGUCUGAAGAGACCUUGCGUAAGUGUGCCGAGUCUGCCCUAGAGUCUUUAAUUGGAGAUCUUUCACAUACAUAUUUUGUUGGAAAUGCCCCUAUGGGUCAUAUGGUCAUUCAACCCACUGAAGACAAGAAAACUCCAUCAAUCAAGCGCUUCUUCUUCAAAUCCCAAGUUAUUGCAGUCAACAAAUUUGAUAUUAAGAAGUGUGACGAUUUUGUGUGGGUGACAAAAGAUGAAUUGUUGGAAUACUUUCCUGAGCAAGGUGAAUUCUUGAACAAAAUGAUCAUCAGCUGAUGUUAGUUUCUACUCAAACUUGAGGAAAGUAGGAUAGCGGAAAUAGUUUUGAUUAUAUACUGAUCUGAAAAUCCAUUUCUUUCUGCCAAUGUAAUGGCUUUGACUGCUGGAGACCAAUUUUAUGUCCGGAAAGUAGAAGAUCUGACUGCAAUUUGCCAGUGCGCCAUUCAUCAAAUUUUGUAGAAUUAUAAACAUAGGAUAUCACCAUUCUGCCUCAGUUAUCAGCAUUCCUCUGUGAGAAGCUAUGCUCAGAACUCUGAACUAGUCAUGCAACUCAGUACGAAUAUGCUUGUAGAUGAAUGAUUUCAUCUCGUGUCAUGAAUAAGAAAACAAAUUUCGUGUUGUAGCCUUUA